GGAGUGGCAGCAUCACAGAAGAGAGCCAAUCAGCUAGCUGCAGAAGUGGUGGAGCGCCACCUAGAGGAUGGUGAUCUGACAACUACAAACUUUGAGGAUGGUAAUCUGACAACUACAAACUUUGAGGAUGGUGAUCUGACAACUACAAACUUUGAGGAUGGUGAUCUGAGAGCUACAAACUUUGAGGAUGGUAAUCUGAGAGCUACAAACUUUGAGGAUGGUAAUCUGAGAGCUAUAAACUUUGAGGAUGGUGAUCUGAAAACUACAAACUUUGAGGAUGGUAAUCUGAGAGCUACAAACUUUGAGGAUGGUAAUCUGAGAGCUAUAAACUUUGAGGAUGGUGAUCUGACAACUACAAACUUUGAGGAUGGUGAUCUGACAACUACAAACUUUGAGGAUGGUGAUCUGAGAGCUACAAACUUUGAGGAUGGUGAUCUGACAACUACAGACUUUGAGGAUGGUGAUCUGAGAGUUACAAACUUUGAGGAUGGUGAUCUGACAACUACAAACUUUGAGGAUGGUGAUCUGAGAGCUACAAACUUUGAGGAUGGUGAUCUGAGAGUUACAAACUUUGAGGAUGGUGAUCUGACAACUACAAAUUUUGAGGAUGGUGAUCUGAGAGCUACAAGCUUUGAGCAGUAG